CACAUAUUUCACACUUGCUUUUUCUCCAGUGUUAUUUGUAUUGUGUCUUUUUAAAAUCAUUUUUCUGGAUAAACUGUUUCGAACACAUUUCACACAUGAAUGGUUACUUACGGUGAUUUAAUAAGUGCUUAAUUUAAAUCGGUUUUAUGGUUAAACAGUUUCAUACAUAUUUCACACUUGAAUGAUUGUUUUCCAGUGUGAAUUAUAAACAGCGUUUCCGUGUAAACUGUUUCAAACAUAUUUCACACUUCAACGGUUUCCCUCAGGUGUGGAUUUUUAUGUGCAACUUUAAACUGCUUUUGCUGCGUAAACUGUUUCGAACAUGUUUUACACUUGAAUGAUUUUCCUCCGGCGUGAAUUUGUAAAUGCGUCUACAAAUAUACUUUUUGGACGAACUGUUUAGAUCAUAUUUAACAUUUUAAUGGUUUUUCUCCAGUGUGAUCUGUAAAUGCCUUUUUAAAUCGUUUUUCUGGAUAAACUGUUUCGAAGACAUUUCAUACAUCAAUGUUUAGGGUAAUUCCGGGAGAGAUGGCGCGGCAGGAGAGAUGGCGCGGCGGGAGAGAUGGCCCAGCGGGUGAGAUGGCGCAGUUUAAUAUCUCCUCUCUUAUUGCCAAGCCGACUUCUCAGACACGCUUAGAAGUUCGCUGCUUAUGGUUGCUGUGUUUAUUGUGCCGCGCUGUUAUGAAAUUCCAUCCACGAAGGUAAAUAAAAAAUAUUGUAUUUAAAUAUGCUCCAUAUUUUUUUAUAUUUUACAAAUAUUUAUUUUUACACCUUGAUAUCUUCCAUAAGCCAUAUAAAGUUUUAAUAAUCGCAAUGACUCAUAAACGUUUUAAUUUCACAAUAUGACAGUUUUGGAAGGCGAUACUGAUAUAACUGACACUUUAUCAGAAUCAUCAACUGUAUCAGUAGGGUCAAAGAGUACUACAAGUAGUAGUGUGUUUACUUCCCUGAGACAGCCCGCAAUUUUUUUUCGUUAUUUUUAGAUGGUAGUCCCCAUAAUGUGAAACUAACUGAGGCUAUUGUCAAGUUUAUUGUAAAAGGCAUAUGCCCUUCAGUAUAGUUGAAGGAAAGGGCUUUGUUAGUUUAAUGAAACAAGCAGCUCCUUUGUACAAAGUACCCAGCAGAAAUACAAUAAAAAACCAAGUUGACGUGAAGUAUGAGUCAGCAUCUACUGCAUUAAAGCAAAUUUUAAACAAUGUGCAGUCUAUUACUAUAACAACUUACACAUGGAUAGCUGAUAUGCAAACUAAAAGCUUCCUGGGUGUUACUAUACAGUUAAUUUUUGACUUAAAAUUAAUUUCUUGUACUACUGGAGUUACUGAACUAACUGGGUCUCAUACAGCAGCGUAUAUUGGAUCCCAAUUAAUUGAAAUUUUAAAUACAUGGGGAAUUAAUCUUGAAAUGGUAGUUGCUGUCGUAACAGAUAAUGCUGCAAAUAUUUUCAAAGCAGUUUAUGAUAAAUUUGAGAAAGUAAAGCAUGUUCCAUGCUUUGCCCACACUCUCAAUCUUCUGUGUGAAAACAGUAUUAAAAAUACGCAAGAAUGGAUCAUUUUCAUCUUCGAUUCCGAUGUUGUUACAUCAGACAAGGAAGAAUUUUUUGAUUUAUGGGCAUAUCAUAAGAAAAUUGCUCAUACAAAAAAGAGAAAUGUGGCUUCCGAUGUCAGCGCUGAUGAAGUAACACAAUAUUUAAGUGUUCCAGUAAAGAGUUUAAUGGAAGAUCCUCUAGAACUGUGGGGAGAGCUGAAGAAUGUAUAUCCAAAUCUAUAUAAAAUGGCCAUAAAAUAUUUUUGUGUUGUGGCAACUUCAGUACCAAGUGAACGACUAUGUUCCAAAGCUGGUUUGACUGCUCUGAAAAGCCGAAACCGUAUUGAUAAAGAAGAAGAGGUCGGAACUGCUUUGGAAAAAAUCGAAGGAAAAACUCAAUAUCUUGAUUAUUAUUACUCCAUGGCUUCAACUUCUCAAAUGGGAGGCGUUCCUCCGGUUUCGCUCGAUUAUUUUGACUUGGGAAAAGUAGACGUGUCAACCCUAGAUAACAACGAAAAAAGAAAAAUUCUGUCAACCGCUAUGGUUCUUAAAUCACAUAAAUAUCCCAUUUCCAUUAUCAAUUCUUCUGGGCAUCAAAAAUCUUUGAAAUUUCAAGCCACCUGGAUUGAUAGGUGGCCUUGGCUUGCAUAUUCAAAAAUCAGUGAUGGGGUUUUCUGCAAGAUAUGUCUGCUUUUUAGUCGCGAAUGGGCAGGCAAAGGCUCUCAUCAAACUCUAGGAAUAUUUGUUAAUGUUCCUUUCAAAAAGUGGAAGAAAGCAACUGAAAAAUUUGAAAACCACGCAAAAACCAAUUACCAUAAGGAGUGUGUGAUAUUAGCAGACAAUUAUAUGAAAGUAACAUCAGGACAAGUUUUCGAUGUGGUCUCUCAAUUAAAUUCAAAACUCCAACAGGAACGCGAGGAAAAUCGUUCAAUAUUAAAGCCCAUCAUAAAAGCUGUACUUUUUUGUGGUCAACAAGAACUCCCCCUGCGUGGCGAUGAAGAUAGUGGACCACUUAAUCUAGAAAAUCCUGAAAAGAAAGAUGGUAAAUUUCGCGCUCUUUUGAGAUUUACGGCAAAUGGAGGAAACGAUUCAUAUUCAUUGAAGAAACAUUUUACUUCAAGUAAUAAGAACGCUACGUAUGUAAGCCCAAUAAUCCAAAAUGAGAUUCUAGAUAUAGCUGCGUCUUUAAUUCGGAAAAAACUGAUUGAAAAAAUUAACAAAUUUGGAUAUUUUGCUAUAUUAGUCGACGAAACUAUGGAUGUGUCUGGUGUUGAGCAAAUGUCGUUUUGUGUAAGAUAUUUGUCUGAAGAAAACGCAAAACCUAUUAUCCGUGAAGAUUUUCUGUCUUUUGUGCCAGUGUCCGAUCAAUCUGCUGAAAGUCUAUGCAAUUUGGUUCUUGAAGAAUGUAGGAAAAUGAACCUUGACAUGAACAAAUGUGUGGGCCAAGGAUACGAUGGUGCAGCAAAUAUGGCCGGGCACGUUAGUGGACUUCAAACUAGAAUUCGACAGUUAUAUCCGAAAGCUAUUUACGUACACUGUGCAAGUCAUCGAUUAAAUCUUGCUUUGUCAAAAGCUUUAUCGCUACCAGCAGCUAGGAACUGUCUUGGUGUCGUGAACGAAGUGUCUAACUUUUUCAGAAACAACUCUCGUGCCAAUCACAUCCUGAAACAGCAAAUAACAGAACUUUUGCCUGAAUCCAAGAAAACAAGAUUAAUUCGUUUGUGUGAAACUCGUUUUAUAGAAAGACAUGACAGCAUUUUGGUAUUCGUGGAACUGCUAAAGCCCAUUGUGUCUGCGUUACAAAUAAUUUCUAACGAAACAAGAGAUACUUCCUCUAAAGCCAUUAUGUUUUUGGCUACGAUCGAAAAGAGCGAAUUUAUUGUGUCGCUGUUAGUAUGUGAAAAAUUUCUUAGUUUCACGUUACCUCUAUCCAAGUACCUGCAGAGUCCUUCCCAUGAUUUGGUCUCGGCUCUUGACCAGGCUAAUGAUGUGAUAGCUUCCUUACAAAAAACAAGAGAUAAUGGAGAAUCAAUUUUCAAACAACUUUUUAAUACCGCAUCGAAGCUUUUAGAAGAACUGUUCGGGAGUGAACUAAAAAUUCCUCGUUUGACUGGCAGACAGAGCCAUCGUGCCAAUCCUAUAACUAAUUCUACUGAAGAAUACUUUAAAGUUGCUAUUUUUUUACCAUGCGCCGACCAGCUGAUAGUUAAUUUACAAGACCGCUUCGGGACUCCAACAACAGUAUUAUCAGCAUUUCAAGCCCUACUACCAGGGUUUGCAUCGCCUGAUAAAGCCACUCAGCUUCAAACCUUAUCUAUAUUUUUUAUUGAAAAAUGUUCAGUGUCUGCUCUCCAAGGAGAAUACUAUAUAUGGUGUAAUCAAAUUUCUAAAGAACCAAACCUUGAAACACUCGGCGUCCUUGAAAUAUGCAACAAAAACUUCUUCCCAAUCAUUCAUCAUUUACUGACCAUUUUAUCAACCCUACCAGUGACCACUGCUACGGUUGAGAGGUCGUUUUCGACCAUGAAGAGAGUGAAGACUUUCCUUCGAAAUAAAAUGCAACACGAGAGGUUAAACUCCUUAGCUGUACUUUCGAUUCAUUGGGACGUAGAUGUUAGUGUCGACUCAAUUAUAAAUGUUAUGGCAAAUAAAAAAAAUCGUAGAUUAGUUUUAUAA